AUGUCGUUCUGGUUCGAUCGGUGGCACCCUGAGUUUCAGCUUGAUAUCUUCAAUCCAAAUGCUGAUAUCAAAUUGAAACUCAUGGAUUUCUAUCAUGAUGGUGCCUGGUCUUUUGAUGAUCUCCUUCCCACUAUUGGCCCAGCGAUGCCCCCUACUUUUCUUAGCAAUCUAUCACCACCCGAAUCAUAUGGUGGUUCACGAACUGUAAAGUUUUACUCAGCUUCGUUUACAGAUGAUCUCAGUCAAGUUGUGGAUCAUGUUUCAGCACGUUAUACUAAAUCCAAUAUAUAUGCUGUUGGCUGGUCCCUUGGUGCUAAUAUUCUUGUUCGCUUCCUGGGUCAGGAAUCUCGUAAGCAUGCUCUUUCAGGGGCAGUAUCCUUGUGUAAUCCUUUCAAUUUGGUAAUUGCAGAUGAGGAUUUCCGUAAGGGCUUCAAUAAUGUUUAUGACAAAGCUCUUGCUAGAUCUUUGAGAAGAAUAUUUAAGAAGCAUGCUCUUCUAUUUGAAGGCCUUGAUGGUGAAUAUAAUAUACCUAUGGCGGCUAAUGCCAGGACUGUCAGAGAAUUUGAUGAAGGGUUAACUCGCGUUUCAUUUGCUUUCACGUCAGUUGAUGAUUACUACUUCAAUGCCAGUAGUUCAAGGACAAUUGAGCAUGUUAGAACACCUUUGUUAUGCAUACAGGCUGCUAAUGAUCCAAUUGCACCAGCUAGAGGAAUUCCUCAUGCAGAAAUCAAGGAAAAUCCUCAUUGCCUUCUUAUAGUUACCCCGCAAGGUGGUCAUCUUGGCUGGGUAUCAGGAGAUGAAGCUCCAUUUGGAGCUCCUUGGACUGAUGCGGUAGUGAUGGAAUUCUUAGAACAUAUUCAUGAAGGUAAAAACACCACUAGAAGCAGCUCUGGUGAUGAGAACAGAGUUCAACAAUUUUCAACAUCUGUAACUGUGCAUACAAAAUGAUAAUUUUGGAGGCAAAUCAGUAUUUUGGACUCUGACACUUGCACACAAUUUAUUUGUGAGAUUCAUUCCAAUGGUAGUCCGUCGAGUCUAAACAAGGAUGGCCAACUUCAGAGAGUUCUUUGAAACAGAAUACACGCAAUUAACAAUUGAUUGAUCAGUAUUUAUAUGAACGUUGGGAAUUAUGUGAAGUGCACACAAUUGUGUACUUCAAAUGUCGUGCACCAUGGAAAUUGUAUCAUGCUUUAUAGGUUCAGAAAUAAUUCAGGUUCAGAAAAAAAUGUAAGCCAGCAAUUUGCCAUUAUUGGAAUUUCACAUUUUGAAUCUC